AUGUGUGAUAUUCUAUUAAUCGAAGCAUUCUAUGAUGGUUCUCAUCGUUCAUUAAUAGAUCUUCUUCAUCGUACGUUAUCUCCUCGUUCAAUCUUAGUAACAUUACCAGGUACAAAAUGGCCAUGGCGUGCAAGAUGUUCAUCAUUGAUUCUUUCAGAUUUAAUACCUAAAAAUGAAAAUAAUUCAUUGAAAUAUUUAUUUUGUUCAUCAAUAACUAAUCUAAGUGAAUUAAUAUCGCUUCGUAUUGAUCUUCGUUCAUUAAAGAAAAUAAUAUAUUUUCAUGAAAAUGAUUUAGCUUAUCCAAAACAAAAUGAAAAACAAGAACAACGAGAUUUUCAAUAUGGUUAUAAUCAAAUUUUAACAGCUCUAGUUGCUGAUAUUUGUUUAUUUAAUUCAUUUUAUAAUUUAAAUACAUUUCUUGAUAAACUUGGACCGUUCCUGAAUCGAAUUCCAUCACCUAAGGCAAACAUACAACAAAUUCGACAAACAAUCGAGAGUAAAUCACAAGUUUUAUAUUAUCCAUUAGAGAAAUCAUUAAUACCAAUUGAAAUUAAAACUGAUAAAACAGGACCAUUAUGUAUUGUCUGGCCGCAUCGUUGGGAACAUGAUAAAGAUCCUGAAACAUUUUUUUCUGUUAUUCUUGAACUACAUGAAAUAUAUUCAUUAACAUUUUCUUUAAUUAUUCUUGGUCAAUCAUAUGGUGAAUGUCCAGGAAUAUUUUCAGAAAUUUUAAAUAAAAUACCAUCGAGUUAUAUUCGUCAUUGGGGUUUUGCACAAUCAAAAUCUGAAUAUGAACAAUUAUUAAUUGAAGGAGAUGUUGUUGUAUCAACAGCUCAACAUGAAUUUUUUGGUGUUGCAAUGUUAGAAGCUUGUAGAGCUGGUUGUAUACCUAUUGUACCUGAUCGAUUAGCUUAUACAGAACUUUAUCCAAACGAACAACAUCGAUAUCGAACACAAACACAAUUAUUAAAUAAAUUAAAAGAAUAUUGUCAAAAACCAGAUUAUGUUAGAAAUCGUCUACCAAAACAAGAUACAUUUCAAUUUGAAUGGGAGAAGAAUGAUGGUAUUAGACAAAAAUAUUUACAAUUAUUUGAAAAUAACAUUUCAAAUUAA